GAAGGGCCCGGCCGGCUUUCUUUCCGGCCAUCUGGAGAAUCCGGCAUCGUUGCCACUGGGGCUCUGCAGGAACCAUGCGAUACUGCGAGGGUCGGCUCAGAGUCAGGGCCUCCAUCCGAGCUAGAAAAUGGCAUGACUUGGGGGACUUCCGGACGAAGUCCUCCGGCGCAGAGCCUUGAUGUCGUUGCCCCUUCGUCUCAGCAGCCAGUGCUUUCGGACUCCCCGGUGGACAGACGCUGGGCCGGUUCUGGCACGGAUGAUGGCAAGGAAGAAAUCAUGCGCGAGCAAUCCACUGGAUUGCGAAGCAGCGUUGUUCAAAGGAGUGGUCCGCCAUUUCAGGAAAUCAAGCAAGUGGAUGAGAUUCAGGAGUUGGAGACAGAUCCACUUCCGGUUGCAAGUGAUGCUGAGACGUGGCAGCCACCAUCUGUCGCGGUCAAUGCAAGUCGCGUGCCCAAAGUUACAGAGCCCGAUGCUCUGAUGCAGGAACAAGUUCGUGACACGGCAAGUUUCCAGGCGUCGACUCUUCAGUCCACCCUUGAGCAUGGAAGUUCGCCUCAGCCGUCCACUACUGAGAAGGCCGCCCCCACGGGUUUCGAGAGUCCAUCACUUACCGUGAACAGCGAGCCAGCUUCUGCUAGCCCCGUGGAUUGCAUUGAUAGCUCAAACCAGUCAGGCCAAUCUUGGGCGCAUUCGACGGCACCCCAGCCACAAAGCCCAGCACUUGCACAAACCCCGAGCUUCAAGACAGCGACCGGCGACCCACCUGCAGCGGAAGCAGCGCAUGCGAGAAUUGAG